AUGCCAUCAGUUGUGGAGCGAGAGAGUAGUCGUCGACAACACAUGGUGGUGCGCUGCGCUGUGCGAAAUAAAUAUUUACCUGUCAUUUACAAAACGCUACUCGCCGUGGUCGUCGUCAGAAUCUAUAAAAUCGAAAGACGUAAAAAAGCCAAUUAGAACAAAAACAAGUUGAUAUUCUCAUUUAGUUAUCAAAGAUCAGCUGGCACAAAACGAACGAUACCCAAAACAAAUAAUAAAACAAAAAAUACAAAUUCUAUAUGUUGGUCAAGUUCAAUAAACAACACAACACCGCAACUCGAAAAAGGCCAGACUUCCAUGAUUUGAAAUUUUGAAAAGCAAACAAAAAAAAUAUUUAAGGAUUUAUAAUGAAUGGAUAUAGAUAUUGUCACCAAACGUUUUAAGUAAUAAAACCACACACAAAAAAAACAUUUGUUGUGCGCAAUUGAAAUUUUUAACAAAUCAUUAACAAAAAAAGCCAAGGCAAACAAACUCUCUAAGCUGAGAGGAUUGACAAAUUUUGAAAGGAAAACAAAACAAAAAAAACACACAAUAAAAUUCAAAAACGUCCAUAUUGCAGCAAAAACGUUUACAUAAGAACAAAAAUCUAGAAACAUUUUGAUGAUCAUGGCCUCACCAGCUGCCGCCGUGGGUCUUUAUACAAAGGCAAAUUUUCUCAUUGAAAAUCUUAACAAAUCUCGGGAUCUCUUACCGCCACUGGCCUUGCGCUAUGAACAACUGUUGGCCAGCGAAAAGUAUUACGACUGUGUCUUCCACAUUGGCGGCCAUGAAAUACGCUGCCACAAACUGAUACUGGCCACAUCCAGUCCUGUGUUUGAGGCCAUGUUCUAUGGACCGAUAUGUGAAAAACAAAACAUCAUCGACAUUCUCGACAUGAGCAAUGACAUCUUUAAACUAAUGAUCAUCUAUAUCUACAAGGGAUCGGUGGACUUUCGCAAGCUAACCCUGGAAGAAACCAUUGAAUUUUAUUAUGGCGCCGAGAAAUAUUUGCUAAGUGAUCUGAAACGAGAAUGCCUGGAAGCCAUACAAUUGAAGCUGCGCUUCUCCAAUAUUUUGGCGGCCCUCGAGUUGAGCAUAUGUUUGGACUUGAGCGGUUUAUUGAGCAUUUGUUUUAACUUUUUUGUGCAGUGCUGUCUCAAGGAACCCCAGUUUGUGGCCUAUUUGAAGAACCACUACUAUCAUGUGUCCAAGGAUUGUAUCAAGACCAUAAUUGCCAUGUGCAAAGAACAAAUACCAGCCCACAAUCUCCUAUGGUUUAUAUACGAAUGGUGCCAGCAGGAGUGCCGGGAAAUGGGUCUGAAACCAGCCGAAUGCUCGGCCAUCAUAGAAGAUCUCAAUAUAAAAUCUGGCCUAGUGAGUGAAGCCAAUGGCCCAGCUGUAGUUAAGCCCCAGUAUUGUCAGACCUUGGAGAGAUGUUAUUACAAGGCCUGUCGUCCCUUUACCAUUGAUCAUGGCAAUUGCCAGUGGCUGACUUACAUCAAAACAAAUCGUUUCAUUUCUCUGCAAGGUCUGACUCUGCACAGUCGUCUGACACCACACCUGUCACGUUUGCCGGUACCCAGCAGCGAUUAUUUAGAAAACAUGGACAUUGAAAUCACUGUACCCCAACACGAUGAGUCGCCCGUGUGGAGCCACAGCAUCAGCAAACAGCUGACAAAAUACAAUUGUGAUGUAAAUGUCAAAUGGUCCAAGGGCAUUGUCCUGGAGCCCGAUGUUGAAUAUCAAAUAAAAUUGAUUUGGCAUCCAUCACACUGCCAGGCGGCAGAAUAUCCCUGUAGUCUCUACUCCUCCAAGGUGGAGGGUAUACAGUUCAGGGAUUUGGAUACGCACAGUGGUAGUCUCAUUAAAGGCAUACAUUUCAUAAAUUUAGUUUAGAUUUAAGGCCGUCUCAUAAGUUUUGUAAGAAAAGAAAACAUAAAAAAUAACAAAAAAUCAAAAAAAAUAUAUAUAAAAAAAU